AUGUCUAGGAAUGAGAUUGAAAGUCGCAUAGCAGGCGGUCAAAAAAUCGUCAUCUUCAAUCAAUAUGUCCUCAAAGUCGACCCAUGGCUGCCUUACCAUCCGGGUGGUGAGAAAGCUUUACUGCAUAUGGUAGGCAAAGAUGCUACAGAUGAAAUCCAAGCUCUUCAUUCCAAGGCCGCCCAAGAACAAAUGAUGCGGUAUCGAAUCGGCAAGAUUGAUGGUUUUUGGACCAAUUUCCGACCACCGAUCCAGGGGGGUGCGUUUCGCUCAUCUUUGGACGCCAACAAUGUUGAUUGUGAAGAGCUGCAUAAUAGAAAAAUGCUAGCCUCAAGCACUCCCAUCUCUAGAUCGCCAUCCCCCGUAUUUGAUGUUGAUCAUGACGGUUUGAGAAGACGAGGCCACGACGAAGAUCACCCCACAAGAACAGCGUCAAUAUCCUCGCAGUCAAGUGUGGAACCUGAUACUACUGGAAUGUCGUAUCUAGACGCUCUUACAAGAGAGCAGGUUAGUCUAGACAUCGACAAGUACCCGGGUGUUGAUCUUGUCACCCAGCACGAAAUAGCAGCGAAAUACAAAAGGCUGCAUCAGGCUAUUAUGGAUGAAGGCCUUUACGAAUGCAGUCGGACCGCAUAUGUCUUUGAAUGCUGCCGAUAUGUUGGAUUAUUCGCCGCUAUGUUCAUAUCUCUCAGUUAUAGGCAAUAUGUGCUGGGUGCGGUGUUCUUAGGCCUCGCUUGGCAUCAACUUGUCUUCCUGGCUCACGACGCGGGGCAUAUGGGGAUCACACACGACUACCAAAUCGACACUGCUAUUGGGAUAUUCGUCGCUGAUUUUAUCGGCGGCCUGUCCCUUGGCUGGUGGAAGAGGAACCACAAUGUUCAUCACAUCGUUACGAAUGCCCCAGAGCAUGACCCCGACAUUGAACACAUACCCCUCUUCGCCGUGACACAUCGUUUACUGGGAAGCUUGCGAUCGACGUACUACGAUCGGGUUAUGGAGUACGAUGCCGUUGCCAAAUUUAUGUUGAGGAUUCAAGCCUGGACAUACUAUCCUCUACUUGCGUUGGGACGAUUCAAUCUCUACCGGUUGUCGUGGGACUAUCUAAUUGCUCGUAGGGGCCCAAGGCGUGGCCCUGGAGCCUGGCACUGGUACUUGGAGAUUGCGGGGCAAUUUUUUUUCUGGGCUUGGUUUGGUUAUGGCAUUUUGUACAAGAUGCUCCCUGAUGGCUGGACGCGGUUUAUGUUUGUCAUGGUUAGCCACGUUACUUCUUCGCCGCUCCAUGUGCAAAUUGUGCUCUCCCAUUUUGCCAUGAGCACUUCAGACCUGGGACCACAGGAGUCCUUCGCACAGCGCAUGCUUCGUACCACGAUGGAUGUAGAUUGCCCCCCCUGGCUCGACUUCAUACACGGAGGGUUACAGUUUCAGGCAAUCCACCAUCUUUUCCCCCGGGUGCCUCGACAUAACCUUCGCAAGGCACAAAGGCUGGUGGUAGAGUUUUGCCGAGACGUUGGCAUUCCCUAUGCCCUGUAUGGGUUUUCCGAUGGAAACAAGGCUGUCAUUGGUCGACUUUCAGAGGUUUCCCGACAGGCUGCUAUUCUGGCAAAAUGCCAACAGACUGUAGCGAGGAAUGGCGGUGUUUUUGGACACCAUGACUGA